AUGGAGCAUCUGGACUCACUGGGCUUCCUUAUCGUCACGUUAAACUGCAAUGUGACCAUCGUGGGGAAGAUCUGGCUUAUUUUCAUGAUGCUGCUGAGGAUGGCUGUGAUUGUCUUGGCGGGGUCCCCCGUCUACCACGACGAGCAGGACAGGUUCGUGUGCAAUACGCUGCAGCCGGGCUGCACCAACGUUUGCUACGACGUCUUCUCCCCGGUGUCGCACCUGCGCUUCUGGCUGCUGCAGAGCGUGUCUGCGCUGCUCCCUUCCGCCGUGUUCCUCGUCUACGUGCUGCACCAGGGCGCGGCGCUGGCCGCAGGGCUCGGCGGCCACGGCCCCUCUCACCUGCCCUGCCCUCGGCCCCGCGGGGCCUGCGGCCACCCGGCGGUCCCAGACUUCACCUGGGGGUACAUCGCCCAUCUCUUGCUGCGGACGCUGCUGGAGGCAGCGUUUGGCGCUUUGCACUACCUCCUCUUCGGCUUCGUGGUACCCAAGCGAUUCUCGUGCACGCACCCGCCGUGCAGCAGCGUGGUGGACUGCUACGUGUCUCGGCCCACCGAGAAGUCCAUCCUGAUGCUGUUCGUCUGGGCGGUCAGUGCCCUGUCGCUGCUGCUCAGCGUCGCUGACCUAGUCUGCAGCCUUCGGCGCAGGCUGAGCCGGAGUCGCGGGGCCCACAGCACACCCCGGGGUCUCCCGGCCGCCACGAAGGCCCUCGGCCAGGACGGCGGCUGGGAGGCCGCGGGGCCACCCGCUCACCCCAGCUCCUGGAGGGGAACCCAGGGCGCCGACAGCCCCAGCGGUCAAUCUGCUGUCUCGGGGCAGAUGGAGCUUCCCGAGGAGCUGGAGAGCGAGGCGAUGUCCUUGGGGAGCGACAAGCUGGCCGAGCGCUGCAGAGACGGCGAGGGCGGGCCUGGGGGAGCAGAGGCUGUCCACCACGUGCGGCCGGCCUCGGCCCCUCGCAGCCGACUGGCCCAGAACUCUCCAUCCGCUCGGCCGGGCAGCUCCCGGAGUGCUCCCCACCUGAGAACUAGGAAGUCCGAGUGGGUGUGA